AUGGAUAAAAUGGUUGCACAGCGCGUGGUGAUCACCGGUGCCGGCGUCGUGUCGACCCACGGCGACUCGCGCGAGAUCUUCUUCGACAACUUACUCGCCGGCAAGAGCGGCGCCAUCGACCUGACCGCGUGGAAGCCCGGAGUCUUUGACGAUCUCCCCACGCGCAUCGGAGCGCCGGUCCAGGAGCUCGACUACGGCGACGACCUCACCGCUAAGGAGGCGAGGCGCAUGGAUAGAGUCCACCAGUACGCCAUCUGCGCGGGUAAACGCGCCCUGAGGGACGCCGGGCUGUGGGGCGCGGAUCUGGAGGCGCUGGACAAGACGCAAUGCGGCGUGCUGGUGGGCAGCGCCAUGGGCGGCAUGCAGGUCUACGAGGAUAACGUCAUGGCGCUCAACACCAAGGGGAUCAAGAAGGUGUCGCCGUUCACCGUGCCGUACUUGCUCACGAAUAUGAGCGGCGCGAUCCUGGGCAUGCAGGCGGAGCUCGGCUUCAGGGGACCCAACUACGCCGUCAACACCGCGUGCGCGACGAGCAACUACCAGUUCAUCAACGCCGCGACGCACAUCCGCGCCGGCCAGGCGGAUCUCAUCCUCGCGGGGGGCACCGAGGCGGCGUGCACGCGCUCCGGCCUCGGCGGCUUCAUCGCGUGCCGCGCGCUCUCCUCCCGCAACGACGACCCGACCGGCGCGUCCCGCCCGUGGGAUAAGGGCCGCGACGGCUUCGUCAUGGGCGAGGGCGCCGGCGUCCUGGUCAUGGAGUCCUUAGCGCACGCCAAGAAGCGAAAUGCGACGAUCCUCGGCGAGUACCUCGGCGGCGGCAUCUCCACCGACGCGUACGACCUGACCGCGCCGCGCGCCGACGGCAGGGACGUGAUCCUGUGCAUGCGCUCGGCGCUCGCGGACGCGGGACUCGAGGCGGACGCCGUGGACCUCGUCAACGCGCACGGUACGUCCACGCCCGUGGGCGACUUGUGCGAGGUUGCCGCAAUCAACGCGGUUUUCGGCUCCAUCGACAAGGCGCGGUUCCGGCUCAACUCGACCAAGUCGAUGCUCGGCCACUCGCUCGGGGCGGCGGGCGCGCUCGAGGCGGUGGCGUGCCUGCAGAGCAUCGGCACCGGGCGCGUGCAUCCCACGAUCAACCACGACGAUCCCGAGGAGGGCGUGGACUUCGACGUGGUGGCCAACGAGGCGCAGGAUUUUAAGGUGAAGGUGGCGCUGUCGAACUCGUUCGGCUUUGGCGGGCACAACUCGUCGGUGCUGUUCGGCGCGUUCGAGGGUUAA